AGCAUUCCGGGCUGGGACUUGCGGUUGUGCUUGUUAGUARCAUCUGAAUAGACAAAGCCAUUGCCGUUGUGCGUGUUAGUAGCAUCUGAAUAGACAAAGCCAUGGCGGAGAGUCUGUGCGUUGUUGUGCUCCUUUUGUGUGGGACUCUGAUCCCCUUCGUGACCGCUGGUGAUGACUGUGAGGGCUACUACGAUGCCAGCAGCCGAUACCAAUCCAAGCAGUACUGCGGUGUGUUCCAGGAGUGCUGUGGAACGUGUGAGAAUAGAUACUGCUGCAUCAAUGGCUACGGACAGAUGGGGAAGUCUGAACAGAGCAGCUGCUUUUUCAGCAGCAGCAGCAGCAGCAGCAGCACAUUCACCAUCUGGCCGUUCAUUACAAUACCUGUCAUCUUCCUGAUUAUUUUAAUCUCUUGCUGCUUGUGUCCCUGCUGCUGCUUGUACAACAUGUGCCGGAAGCCCAGACCGGUGAUAGCCACGACCUCACACACCACAGUGGUGAAACACCAGUUCACCCAGCAACCUCAGCAGCCCAUCCAUGUCUACAGGGUGGCCCCCAGUACCCAGCCUACCAGCCCGUACCCGUCCAGCCUGGGUAUGGGGCUCAGCCUCAACCUGGCUACGGAGAGGGCAGCCCAUGCCCACAGCACCGGGCAACCAGGGACAACACUUCCAGCCAGGACCACCCCCUCCCUACCAAGACACUGGUUCAGCCUAUCCUCCUGCUAUCCCAGUGCCUUAUAGUCAGGCUGGGUUCAGUCCAGGACAGCCAUCUUACCCCAUCCAGCCUCCAGCUCAGCCCGGCUACUCAGCCAGCAGCCCGGCUACCCAGCCCA